CCUACAAUCCUUAAAGGAUACAGAUCUGAGUCUGCAAAGCAAACAGUUUCUACGGAGAAGAGGACAGAUGAACAAGUGUCUAACGGUGCAGAGGACAAGAAAACAGUAUCGCCCCAAAUUGCCUCAAAUGAAAAGAAGACAUCUGAUGUGCGGACCAGCGAGUCAGUCAUAGUGAAUUCAAAAAAUACGAAUGGAGAAGAUAGUAAGUCGGUAACGAAUGGUAUCGACGAUAAAUUGGUACAAACUACACCUGAUGUACAGAACAAUGAUAACACAGUUGACGAUUCAGAAUUUAUCAGGACGAUUUAUGGUCAUUGCAGUUCCGCAUGGCCUGUUAAUUGCUACGGAAAACUUGACUUUAACGUCAAUGCAUACCACGGAGGUUGCACAGCUCUAUGUUUUGUGUCAUGCGCAUUUAGUGGUAAAGCAGAGCAAUCAAAUGUAGAACUAAGACUUAUACGAUCUGGUUUUGACUGUAAUCAUGUGGAAGCCAAAUCUAUUGCUAAAAUGCAUGCUGGUCAUUUUGGAGCUAAUAACACACACAUGGUUGAUGAAGACGGAAUGUUUAUUGCAGAUUGCAUGUUUGGAGAAAAUGAUAUUAUGCUGUUAACAAACGAUUCUCGUUAUGGAAACCUUAGAAAUGGAGUCUUUAUGGAAAUGGUAGAGGGUGAGGAUCAAAUAGCACUUCCGGUGAACGUUAAUGGAGGAGAAAGUCCACGUGGAUGUGGAUUGUCACUUGUCUUAUGUAGUGGAAAGAAUGAAGAAAAAAGCAUAAGUGCAUUAUACCUAAUACGAUUAGGUACGAGUGGUAACAACUUCCAGGCAAAAGUCCUAUCAGGAGAAGACACAUUUAAGUUCGGAGUAAAGGACGAUGGACAUCUGACCGUGUCUGGACCAAAAGCUAGUAAAUUUGCAGUAUUUCAUAACAGAAACAAUUUAAUAUCACAUCCGGGUUAUACGUAUGUUAGUCAGACUCAAUAUACUGAAGGAAUAGAUGGAGGCAUGUUGAUGGUAAACCUUACAGGACAUGCUACAUUGAUAAUUUUAUGUUCCAAUAGUAACGGGACUGAAGAAUCGACAGCAUCUUCAAUAUACCACUUAUCUGUCAACGAUGGAAAUAUCAAUUCUACAAAAGAGAUCUCUGGUUGUCAUGGGCCGUCUUAUAAAAAGUCAGAUUUAUGGACCUUUGAAAUAGCUUCUGGACAACUACUUGUUACUGGACCUACAGGUCCUUGCAAAUAUGGUGUACUAUCCAAUAUUAAAACUGAAGCAGCAGAUUUGUUACGGUCAAUUAAACAAGACAAUUGUUUAGCUACAGGGGAGCAGACUAAAACAUCAGGACACGUGCAGGUAACCAUAGACAACAUUAAAGGAAAUGUCAACAAAUCAUCGGAACUAUGCAUUAUGAUGAAUCACAAGAUUAUUCGAACCAUUCCUGUCAAUGAAUUAGAAAUUAAGGCUGAUCAGUAUACAUUUUCAGACCAAUGGAAAGAAGAAGAAAAGGUGGUUGGAUAUCACAUGAUAAGAGUGUUUGCAGUAAGAAAACAUUUAAAAUCUGGUGAAGACGUAUACAUUGAAUUGUCUGGAUCGCCAUGUUCUUUAACCAGACAGAAACCAGGAGUUAUUUAUGCCCUUAAUUGUGCAGGACCUGCAUACCAAGAUCUCAAUGACAUUGUAUACUCCAGCGAGCACAAACAGUUUGCUAACUUCAGUUCUGACUUUAUUAAAGGUAUUAGAAGUAAAGCAAGGGGAGGAUUUAAAAAGACAGCAAAACUACCUGCCUCAAUGUUAAAGUCACAUGACGGCUUUCUGUAUGCGAUUACCAGGUUAACGUUUACUCAAGAUGAACAUGAUCAACGAUUUCAUUAUCAGAUAAAAGACUUGCCGAAUGGUAAAUUCAAACUACGUUUACACUUGGCAACUAUUCCCAAAGAGUUACAGCUAAAUGGUAAAUCAGUUGGUGAAACUCUUCAAAAGAAAAUCGUGAGCUCACAAAAGCCAGGUGAUCUGAAAGGACCAACGUGUUACUGCGUUGAUAUCGAUGUAGAAAUAAUAAACAACAGCUUAGAAGUUUAUAGCAAGAGUAAUGAUGUAUAUAAGCAUAUGGAUCUCGUAGGUGCCUUCGCACUACUUGACAAAACGUAUAAGGAUGAAGUUAUAUCUGAGACAACAAUAAAAGAUGAAGAAGUAGAGAAACAAAAGCUUGCAGACCAAGUUUUACCUAUUGAUACAGUAACAACAAGAAAAGAAAUGACUGUGGUUGGCUGGUCACCGAAUCUUCUGCAGAAUGCGAGUGGCGAGAGUGGAGACAUGAAGCACUGGAACACACAAGGUAAUAUGAAAGUUUCCGAUAGUGGAGGGUUUGGUACUGAAGCCUGCUUUGUCACUGGACACAUGUGGUGUUCAAAGUACCAGGAAGUAAACUUAUUGGAAAAUUUUAGUGCAGAGUAUCUCGAUAAAGCACCAGACAUACAGGUAUUUGAAAUGUACAGACAAGGGCAUUGUGGCGGAGGAUUCUAUUGCUUAACGGCACAACUGAUGUCUGAAAAUGGAAAGGUAUUGAAGGAGUAUACGACUGGAGAGAUUGGUUCCAUUAAUAUUGCGAAUGCUCCAUGGAAUGAAGCCUCUGUUCUAUUUUCUGAUUAUGGACCUGGAGUUAGGAUUGUGGCAUUUACAUCCAAAGGAAAAGAUGAUAAAUUUUGGGCCGGUCAUUAUGGCCCAUUUAUGUCUGCAGCACAAAUUCGAGUAAGAAGAGAGAGCAAUCCAGCUAAAGACGAUAGCUUUACAGACAUACUCCAGGGCGACAAUUCUGCUAAUCGGCCAGUCAUAGACAAACUUGUCACAACUAUUUUAACAGACAAUCAGGACUUGUUGGAAAAUUUUGCUGAGGAAGAAAAAAUGCCUGUUGACAAGGCUUUUGACAACCAAACAAAGGUAACAGUUAAUCACGAUUUUGUGCCAUCAAAACAAUGGCAGAGGCAAAGACAAACGCGCAAAAAGAGAGAAAUAAGAGUUUUUGUGUCAAGUACAUUUAGAGAUUUUAAGGAUGAAAGAGAAGAAAUAAUCAAAAAAGCAUUCAGAGAGAUAAACCGAAUGUGUACAGAUCGUGGAGUUUUCUUCACAUAUGUAGAUCUUAGAUGGGGUAUUACAAAAGAACAAACGAGUCAUGGACAAACGAUAUCAAUCUGUUUACAAGAGAUUGAGAGAUGUCGUCCGUACUUUAUCUGUCUCAUGGGUGACAGGUUUGGAUGGUGUCAAACAGAAGACAAACCAGAUGAUGUUCUGAAUAUGUCAUAUGAUUAUGCAAUUGAAAACAAUCCAAAACUUAAAUGGAUUGAUAAAUAUAGAUAUGAUACAAGCGUUACCCAAUUGGAGGUGUUCCAUGGAGUUUUGAACGACCCAGAUUUGGUGAAAGAUAAAUGUUUCUUUUAUCUUCGAGACCCUCCUUCAAAAGAAGAUUUUUCAGAGGAUGAGUAUAAGCGACUGAUAUCUGAAUCGGAUUGGCAUCGUACCCAUCAAGAUUGGUUGAAAGAACAAGUGACUAAGCACAAAGAUUUAAAUGUGAGAACAUUCAAGAAACCAUUGGAAGUGUCUGAAUAUAUUAAAAAAGAUUUAGAAAAAUGCCUUGAUGACGAUUUCCCAAAAGGAACCGAGCUUUCCAAACUAGAACAACAGAGAGAGGCUCAUGCAGCAUUUUCAUCGGCAAGAUGUAGAGUUUAUAUUGGAAGUCAAGAUUACUUUACAGAAAUUAACAACAAUAGAAGUCAAAAUCAAACUACACCUUUUGUACUGCUGGGAGAGUCUGGUUGUGGUAAAUCAGCUUUGGUCGCUAACUGGGUCAAGCAGGUUGAAGAAGCAGAGCCGGCAACAUUCAUUUUUGUCCAUUUUAUUGGCAGCUCAGCUGACAGUGCCAAUUAUAUUAAGUUGAUUCGAAGGCUAUUUGGAGAAAUAAAAGUUUUCUUCAACUUUGACAUGCAGAUUCCGUCAUCUGAUUCUAUCCUUAUUCAUGAGAUUGGCAAGUGGCUUAGAAUGGCUGGGUCAUUGACAAAAGUUGUCAUUGUAUUUGAUGCUUUAAAUCAGCUUGACUCUGGCGAAGGAGAGUUAGAGGGAACGGAGCAUGAUCUUGAUUGGAUACCGUCAGAAAUACCACCAAAUGUUUUUGUUUUGUUGUCUACACUUCCAGGAAGGGCAAUGGCAGCUUGUAAUCAAGCUGGAUGGCCAAGCAUGAAAGUAUUACCAUUACAAGACUCACAGAAACUGCAGAUAGUUACCGAGUACCUGGAAGGAAUUUAUGGUAAAACUCUAAACCAGCAACAAAAAGAAAUGAUUGUUUCCGUCAAACAGACAUCAAAUCCAUUAUAUCUAAAAUCGCUACUAGACGAGGUUCGUAUGUAUGGCUCAUUUCGAACACUCACAGAGAAAAUCCAAGAAUAUUUGUCUGCAGAUACUCCACAAGACUUGUUCGCCAAAAUUUUGGACCGACUUGAGGAAGACUUUGAGAAGGGAGAUAAUGCAAGAUGUGUACACGGGAAGCACCUUGUGCGUGAUACGACAACAGCUUUAUGGUGCGCAAAUAAGGGAAUGUCUGAGUCUGAAAUAGUUGAGCUCUUGGAUGUAACAAGCGCUGUGUGGUCACCAUUCUACCUAUCACUUUAUGAAAAUCUGGUCAAUCGGAAUGGACUGCUGAAUUUCUUCCAUGACCAUCUUCGACAAGCCGUCGAAAAGAAAUACUUGUCUGAUGCUGAAGCAAAACGGAAUGGUUACCUACGUUUAGCUAAUUUCUUUGUUUCAAAAGAAACCAGUAAUAGGACAGUAGAAGAACUACCGUUCCUUUUAACAAGAGCCAAUGAAUUAGAAAGACUUAAAACUACAGUAUCGGGUCUAGAUGUAUUCCAUAGGCUCUCAGACAAUGAAGAUGGCAUUUUUGAGUUGGUCAAAGCAUGGAAGACGCUUGGUGGAUUUUCAUUGUCAGGAGAGGCAUACAUGUCUGCAUUAGCAAAGGUUCCAAAGAGUGUAAUAAUGGAAAAUGUUCCAUACUACUGCAAACUGUACAGAAAUCUUGGAAAGUUUUUCCUAAAACUAGGAUUAAUGGAAGCAGCCAAAACAGUAUACAAGACUCUAAUAAAACAACUUGAGAUGAACUUUGGGGAAUCACAUGGAACUAUUGUAUACGACCCAUUUAGUCAGAGUUGGGAAUAUCGCUGUAAACAUCCUGAUGUCAUUACAGGAUUACAUGAUCUAGGAACUGUAUAUCGUCAACUAGGAGAAAAUGACAAGGCUGUUACAGUGUACAAUGAUGCAAUAAAUCGACAAAAUAGAAUUCGGUCUCCAAGUCAGAAGCUGCAGUUGUGUGAAGGACUCCUUGGCUUGUCGACCGUUUACAUCCAGAAGGAAGACAUGUUUGAAGCUAAGAUAUUGAUGACAAGAGCGUUGGAAUUAGCAACAUUUGUUCUGGGAAAGAAGCAUCAUUUUGUAGCUGCUAUUUUGACAAAGCUUGGACAGUUGUCAUACAAACAAGGUCGUGUAGAUGAGGCACUUGCCUAUUACAUGCAGGAUUUGAAAGUUACGAGGAGUGAAGUUGGUACCAAUCAUCCCCGCACGGCUGUUGUAUUAAACGAGAUCGGACUGGUUUAUGAUGAUAAGAAUGACGUCAUGGCAGGACAAUUAUAUGAAGCAGCUUUGUCCAUUAUUCUAGAAACAUACGGCAAUAACUAUUUAGGAACCGGAUCCAUUCGUUACAAUCUAGGAGCUUUCUAUUUUGGAACCAAUCAUUUUGAAAAGGCACGAUUUCAGUUCACAGAGUCAUACAAGAUCCAUGAAAUGUUCCUAGGAGACAAUCAUCCCGAUACAGUUGCUGUGAAAGAAGCACUGAAUACUGUGUCGUCGAUGACAAAAACGAAAUAGGAUUGGAUGCAAUAAGCUUGACAUUGUAUAACUCUUAGAGCAUAUAUUUGGAAAAGAAUACAGCUAUAUGUAUGAAAGGAAUAAUACCAAAGACUUUUUUAAUUUUAUAUUUAAUCAUUAACUAAAGACAAUUCAAAUAACAAAUAUUC